GGAAGACCGGAAGUCCUCCAGCCCCCACCUGCCUCCAGGCUCCCUUCGGUCCCACUCCUCAGCUCCGUGCGCAAGGUCGUGUCCCGGAAGUGAAGUGGCCAUGUUGGUGGGUGACCCCAGGAGAGUUACCGGGAGAGAGGCGAGUCCCGAGGAGUGGAAGUGUGCGCGGUCCGCAGCCUGACGCCCAGCCCCUGUCAGUCCCCCAUGGCCCCAUGGAGCCGAGAGGCGGUGCUGAGUCUCUACCGGGCUCUGCUGCGCCAAGGCCGAGAGCUUCGCUACACUGAUCGAGACUUCUACUUUGCCUCCAUUCGCCGUGAGUUCCGGAAAAAUCAGAAGCUAGAGGAUCCUGAGGCCCGGGAGAGGCAGCUGGAAAAGGGCCUGGUAUUCCUCCACAGCAAACUGGGAGGGAUUAUUUAGGAUCCUCUCCUUUCCCCUCCCAUCCUAAUUCCAAGGGAAAGAGGACAAAAGUGCCUUCCAUAGACACGCCUGCCUCUCUCCCACCUCCACCUCACAGAUGCAGUAAGAAGCCUCAGGUGAGCAAUGGCAGGCGCUGGUGAGCGCAAAAGCAAGAAGGAUGAUAAUGGCAUCGGGACGGCCAUUGAUUUUGUGCUCUCCAAUGCCCGGCUGGUGCUGGGGGUGGGUGGAGCAGCCAUGCUGGGCAUUGCUACACUGGCGGUUAAGCGGAUGUAUGAUAGGGCAAUCAGUGCCCCUACCAGCCCCACCCGCCUGAGCCAUUCAGGGAAAAGGAGCUGGGAAGAACCAAACUGGAUGGGCUCCCCCCGAUUGCUCAACAAGGACAUGAAGACAGGCCUGAGCAGGUCCCUACAGGCCCUUCCCACAGGCUCCUCGGCCUUUGACACAGAUACAUUCUGCCUGCCCCGGCCCAAGCCAUUGGCCAGGAAGGGCCAGGUAGACUUGAAGAAGUCACGACUCCGCAUGUCCCUGCAGGAGAAACUUCUUACUUACUACCGGAACCGGGCGGCCAUCCCUGCUGGCGAGCAGGCUCGGGCCAAGCAAGCUGCCGUGGACAUAUGUGCCGAGCUCCGGAGCUUCCUGCGGGCCAAGUUGCCUGACAUGCCACUUCGGGACAUGUACCUGAGUGGCAGCCUCUAUGAUGACCUGCAGGUGGUGACAGCCGACCACAUCCAACUCAUCGUGCCCCUUGUGCUGGAGCAGAACCUGUGGUCGUGUAUCCCCGGAGAGGACACCAUCAUGAACGUCCCCGGCUUCUUCCUGGUUCGCCGGGAGAACCCAGAGUACUUUCCUCGUGGUAGUAGUUACUGGGACCGCUGUGUAGUAGGGGGCUACCUCUCUCCAAAGACAGUGGCAGACACGUUCGAAAAGGUAGUGUCUGGCUCCAUCAACUGGCCGGCCAUCGGGUCCCUCUUGGACUAUGUGAUUCGACCGGCCCCACCCCCAGAGGCUCUGACUCUGGAAGUGCAGUAUGAGCGUGACAGGCAUCUCGUCAUUGACUUCCUGCCAUCGGUGACCCUUGGUGACACUGUCUUGGUGGCCAAACCACACCGGCUAGCCCAGUAUGACAACCUGUGGCGGCUGAGCCUGCGUCCUGCCGAGACGGCGCGCUUGCGGGCUCUGGACCAGGCCGACUCUGGCUGCCGCUCUCUGUGCCUCAAGAUCCUCAAGGCCGUGUGCAAGUCCACUCCGGCCCUGGGUCACCUCACUGCCAGCCAGCUCACCAACGUCAUCCUCCAUGUGGCCCAGGAGGAGGCUGACUGGUCUCCCGAUGUGCUGGCUGACCGAUUCCUGCAGGCCCUGAGGGGACUGAUCAGCUACUUGGAGGCCGGAGUCCUGCCCAGUGCCCUAAACCCCAAGGUGAACUUAUUUGCAGAGCUCACCCCUGAGGAAAUAGACGAAUUGGGAUACACUCUCUAUUGCUCACUGUCUGAGCCGGAGGUGCUGCUGCAGACGUAGGGCAGGUGAAGGCAGGUGUCGAGCGGUCAGGCCCUGGAUUCUCUGUUAGAAACACUUGGUUCCAUAGUUGAUGCCUCACAGGGUCCCUAGGUGCCUCCCGUCUUUGCUGGUCAUCGCCCUGGGCAUUUCAUGCUGAUUAGAAAGGUAUCCCUCUCUCCUCUUUUCUCACCAACCAUUUCUAUUUUUGUUACCAAACACUGUGCUCCCUACUCUUCCCCUCCCCCUCGCUCCAGGCUAGUUUUUCUUGGAAUGAAUUGAGAAGGUGGAGCAGUGGCCUGAACUGUGGAGACCACUUGGUGUUUUGCAUUUCGGCACAGGUCUGCUGUGUCUGCCCUGCCACCUGCCCCUUUUCAGUGUCGUCUCUUUUUCCACCUGUUCACACCUGUUUUGCUUUUUUUUCUGGAGCACAUCUGCCUAAUCAAGAUGCUGCCUUUUAGUUGACUGUCACUGAAGUUAUGAUUGCAUGUUUCAAACUGAACUCUGCAGAGAGCGCCCAGACAGUAUUUAGGGUUUCUAGGGGUAAAGCUGGUGGAAAAGCUGGCCUUUGACCCAGGUUCCUGGAAAAGAAGCCCAUCCCCCCCCGCCCCAACCUCUCGGCCAACUCAUAUCCAGAAGUGCUAAGAAGGUCUCUCAUGGGAGCACUGUUGUUGCCGCACACGGGAGUGAGGGCUCAAGAUAAACUGCAUGCGUAGUUAUUCGGAGACUGUGUUUCUUAGUGGCCAUCAGUGAGUGUAGAGUGGGGGAACCUGGAGGUGGUGGAGAGGGUCUGCGUGCCUGAUGUCUGUGCCUGGUCCAGCCCGGCACCACUGCGUGCGGGAGUCAGACAAAGACCGGGAGGGAAGGGGCUGUUGUUUGCCCCUUCCCCACCUUCUUGCCAAUUAGGACAAGGCCUUCAAGGACACAGUCUUAGUGCUAGAGGUUCAGCUAGACAGGCGGCUGAACGUCAGUGACCAUGUUUCUCCCACGUCAGGCCCUGCCUUUCUAGGAUGUUGCCUUAGAGGAAGAACGGGCCCAGCAGCCAGCCCUCCGCUCCCCAGUGUCUGUCACAGGAACGUGAUGGGGGUGUUUGCUGAGCUCUCCAGGCACCUCCAGAGGCCAGAGGACAGGCGUAUAUGCACAGACCUCUUCCCCCUGUCCUGUCUCUCACCCAGCACCUGGGAAACCGGUGCUACCUAGGAAGAGAGCGUAUGGCUGAAACACAUAUGAGAGGGAGGUGGGUACUUGCCACGUUCCUUCUUGUUUCCUGCUGCUAGAAUUGCACUAUUUAUUGCAAUGUAAAAAGUAUCCUGAGAGUGGGGAGGAAAGUUUAAUAUACAAGUCAGUGCAUCUUCUUGUUCUGUGUUUAUUUUUUCCUGUUUGUGCCAAGGGGCUGAUGAUAAUUCUGUUUCUGAUCUGCCCAUCCAGUAUUUUGUUCUCCUCCCAUCAAAUCCUAUUAUUAUUUUUAUUCUUACUACCUCUCCAUCAGUGAGAUUCUGGUGAAGCUCUCUGCAGCUGUCUCAUUCCUUCCCAAUGACCGCGACAUGAAGUGACUCUUUAAAUAGCAUUGAAACCUUAGCUUCCCUUUGAAUUUAAGGUAGAGCUUCUUGUCCCCUUUUUUGUCCUGGAUUAGGAGGUUGAGAACUAGGGUUAACCUUGGCUAUAUUUGGAGACUCUUCCUGCCUCUUCUCUCAUAUACAUGUGAAGCUUCCCUAAAAUGGUUCAGUUGUUUCAUUUGUAUGAAGACAUUGAGAGAGAAUGAAAAAUAGAAAGCCCAGAGCCCUGAGAGAGAGUCUCCAUCCUGGCUGUUCAUUACAAUCAACUUGGAGUUUAUAAAACACUCCAUAUGCCUGAGUGCUACCCUGGGGGAUUGGUGUAGAGGGUGUCCACAGAGGGUGGAGCCUGGCACUGACUGUUCCAUUGCGCCCAUCUGGUGUCACUGGAAGGAAGGGAGAGGGGAGGGCUGAAUGUGUUGGAAAAGCAUGGGUUUGUCUUCAUUCAGAUAAAGGAUUUGGUUUUCCCAAUGUGAAUAUUAUAAAACCUGUAAUUUUCCCAAGCUGGAGUCUGACCAAAUUCCAUAUAAAACAUUGGAAGGAGAGCUCAAAAAAGAAAAGAUUUUAAAGAUCAAAUCCCAAAUUAUCAAAGCCAAGUGUAAUGGUGAUUUGAGUUUAUCUCCUCUUAAAGAGCAUCUUUCUAAGGGCAGCUCUGUCUCUUACCUAUGUUUCACAAAACCAAAAACCAUAACUGCCAUUUCACAAGCAAGAACCUCUUAGAAGUCCUCAGAACUAGAAGCGGUGGGAAUCCUUGGCUCAGGUCCUGGUGGGUUUGCUGACUGAGAUGGGGCAAGUCUCAUCGUAAUACCUGGAUGACAGUCCAGUGCUUUGAGAUUCUUGGUUGGAGGAGGGGACUACCCCCCGCCCCAACACACACACAUUUUUUUUUUUUUUAAUCUUUGGGGAAAGAUGUAGGGCCUUUUCCUGCUUUUCUGCCUUUCUACUCAGUAACUCCCACGUUUGCCUGAAGUAACAGCAUCUGCUCCUACUUCUCCAUCUGGAAGUUUCUUGCACCAUCUAGGUUAGCAAAGCACAUAGCCUAAUGCUUGAAGACAGACUCAUCACCUUGAAAACCCAAUCAAUUCCAAAGUGUAAUUUGCUUUUCCCUGUUGCCCCUUCCUAAAACGUGAGUUCAGGACAACAGUAUUUUUCUUUAUAUGCUUGGUUGUGACUUUUUUUUUCAAAUAAAAAAAUAAUUGAAGCUCA